CACAAUGUGGCGGGGACUGAGGCUGAACUGUGCAGGGUGCGGCCCUCAUCUGUCAAAAUGAGGCAAAUUGUACCCGUUUUUGCCUCCCUGGUCGUCCUGGCCAAUGGACUGUUGAUGGCGCCCGUACGCUGGUGUACCGUUUCUCCACCAGAACAGAAGAAGUGUAAUGCAAUGGCACAGGCUAUUGAAAAAGAUUUUGUUGAAUUCAGCAACACGUUUACCAAGGUCGAGUGUGUGGAGAUGGGCAACCAUGAUGAGUGUAUGGAAUUAGUGGAUAAUGGUCUAGCUGACUUAGUUGCGCUGGACCCUCAAGAAGUAUACAUUGCGGGCCGUUAUCACUCGCUUGUCCCUAUCAUGAGGGAAUCUUACUACAAGGGGCUCAAACUUUAUUACUCGGUGGCUGUGGUGCACAAAGGUAACCUAACUUCAGUACAAAGUUUGAAGGAUCUGGCUGGCACUAUAGCAUGCUUUCCCUCUGUGGCAUCCUUGGGUGGCUGGAUCAUACCCAUGUCAGAGCUCAUCGGCUCAGGAGCCAUGGAGAUUGUUGAUUGCAAUAACCACAUCAAAUCAGCAUCUCAGUUUUUUAGUGGUGGAUGUGCUGCAAACAUCCUCACUAAAAAGUAUAACCCGCUGGGUGACAACAAUCAAAUUCUGUGUAGUGCUUGUGGCAGUGACCUUCCAGGGCAGCACUGCACGAGUCGGGACAUUUAUUCUGGUUACCAAGGUGCAUUCAAUUGCUUGCUUGAUAGAGGAGACAUAGCUUUUGUCAAGCACACUACCAUCAGGAGAGCACUGGCAGCAAGAGGGAUAACAAAAACAGAAGACGAGUUUGAACUCCUGUGUAAAGAUGGCACCCGUCGUCCCAUAACCGAAUAUGAGCAAUGUAAUUGGGGAUCAGUGCCCUCCAGUGCAAUUGUCACUACUUCUGCCAAGAGUAUAGAGCAGCGAGGUUUGCUUCAGGACUUUCUUAAGUUACUAGCCACCCGCUAUGGAAAGAAGUCAGAAGAUCCAAAGGAAUUCUAUCUGUUUGAGUCUUCUCCAAAAUAUGGCACCUCAUAUGAUUUGCUGUUGUCAGAUGACACAGAGAUGCUAGUGGAGCUGGCCAUCAGUAAUCAAAACUUUGAAAAGUAUCUCAUGGGGGACACCAUCAGCCACAUUCAUUCUGUGCACUCGUGUCCUGUUUCCACCAUGACUCUGUGUGUAACCUCUCAGGCCGAGUUCUCCAAGUGCCGCAAGAUGCAGACUGCUUUGCACGCUCAACUGCUCCAGCCUAAGAUGCAAUGCCUCAAAGGAGACUCCAACUUUGACUGCAUGGCUGCUAUUAAAAAACGGGAAGCAGAUGUGGCUGUAUUUGAGGCAGGGGACAUCUAUAGUGCAGGCCUCACACACGAGCUAGUACCCAUAAUGGGGGAACAGUACAAUCUGGACACUCUAGAGUAUUAUGUUGUGGCUGUGUCAAAGGAGGAUGAUCCUGACACUGAUGUUCUCUAUCUAAAAGGGAAAAUGACGUGUCACCCAGGUGUGAUGCAUGGCGGUGGUUGGGUGGUGCCCAUGGCUUACCUCAUCAACAACAAUCUCAUCCGUCAGUAUUCGUGUAACUCGGUGAGAGCUGCCUCGGAAUACUUCCAAAAGUCGUGUGUCCCAGGUGCCCUCAACAGUUACUAUCGCCAUGACAUGACCCGCCUCAACCUUUGCCAUCUGUGUCAUGGAACUGGCAAUGGCUACUGUGCCAGAGAUCACAGCGAGCCUUACUUUGGGUUCACUGGUGCUUUUAGAUGUCUUGUUGAAGGCGGUGGGGACAUAGCAUUCCUGAAACAUACAACAGUACGGGAGAAUGUAGAUGGAAAACGUAAAGAGUGGUGGGCUCGCAAUCAGCUAACUUCCGACUACCAGCUUGUGUGUCGUGAUGGAACCCGGGCUCCUGUGACAGAAUAUGAGGAUUGUAAUCUCGGUACAGUUCGAUCUAAUGCUGUUGUUACUCGUGGAGGAGCUUUGUAUAACCGGACUGAGGUGGAAGCAUACACCAAUCUCUUCCUUUAUGCCCAGCAAUACUUUGGCAGAGAUUCAGAUGAUGAAUGGAACUUUAAAAUGUACCAUUCAGAGGAACCAUAUGCUGACCUAAUAUUCCAGGAUGCCACACAGCAGCUUGUGCCACUGCCUCUCGAGGAGCAACAUUACCAUCCAUAUCUAGGAAUGGAGUUCCUGAAUGCUCGAUACGAGGUAGAUUGCACUGCAAACACUGAUGUAUUACACGUUUCGUAUGUGUUGCUGUCCUUAACACUAGCGGUGAAUGUUGUUUGGUGAAUUACCAUGACGAGUACAGCUCUGUAUAGAAGAAGGCUGUAAUGCAAAAGUCAACAGGAAUUGUUUGUCAUCUUGGUAAAAUGCAGUAAACACUCAUUUGCUCUGCAAGAAGAUUCAUAGUAUUUAUAUUCUUAGAAUCAUUCUUAUUUUGUCAUCUUUUGAAUGAUUUUGUGCCGUAAAGAACUUCUCUCAAUUAUAUAUUCU